CAGACGGCGAGCUUGUUUCCUCUCCUCCGCAGCCCAGGAACCGACAUGGCCCAGGAGCGUCCCGCCUGCACCCUGGAGCCCGAGCAGGUCCAGCAGCUGCUGCUCUCCUCCCAGGAGGCCAAGAAGUCAGCCUACUGCCCCUACAGUCACUUCCCUGUGGGGGCCGCCCUCCUCACCCGGGACGGGAGGAUCUUCUCGGGGUGCAACAUAGAAAACGCCUGCUACCCGCUGGGCAUCUGUGCUGAACGGAACGCUAUCCAGAAGGCCGUCUCCGAAGGGUACAAAGACUUCAAGGCAAUUGCCAUCGCCAGUGACUUGCAAGAUGAUUUUAUCUCACCGUGUGGGGCCUGCAGACAAGUCAUGAGAGAGUUUGGCACCAAUUGGGAUGUCUACAUGACCAAGCUGGAUGGCACGUAUGUUGUCAAGACAGUCCAGGAGCUGCUGCCUGACUCCUUCGGUCCUGAUGACCUGCAGAAGAUCCAGUGAAGGUCGGAGAACAUCCGCCACCUGGGAGAUCCUGGCUUCCCAACCCGUGCUUAAGGGGACAGCCACCUGGAGCACUUCAUGAAGAUGUUCUCACUGACCUGGGGACAUCUGUCAAAUGGGCCCCAACCCUACAGGGGCUGAGCAGAGAUGACUUUUCCAAAUUACACUCAGGCACCACGGUCUUCCUCUGAAGUGAUAAAGGGUUUCCCUCUGGCCUCCCCACCCUCCUUGUAACCCACUUUGUCCUUCCCAGGAAAAGAGCACCCCACCCUCUCCUUUCCUUCCUGCGAGCCCUCAAAAUUCCAGCCAAGUCUGGACUGCCUCCCCAUCAGCCGUCCCAAGGUUCUCUCCUGUUCUGAGUGACUUUUCUAAUUAUAAUAGUCACAGAACAUCCUGAUUCGGGACAGUGUGUCUUGCUCUGUGUCUCUAUCACUGCUCGCAGCUCUUAGGAGGGACAGGGUGAUUUGUCUUUGUAGAAAGACUUGGACACUUUCUGCUGGGGGAGGAAAUGGGCAUCUUGGAACUGUGUCACCUUUGGGGUAGAAAGCUGAGUCUUUAGGCGUCCUGCCCCUGUGUUCUCCAGAUGGGAGGCGCUGCGGGGCUGGGCCUAACUGCCAAUCGCCGUUUCUAGAG